GUGUGUGUGUGUGUGUGUGUGUGUAACCCUCGUGGCAGGGCUUCCGGAUGCUGGGUAUCCUGGAUGUGAAAACCCCCUGCGCCAGAGAGGCGGUGCUUCACGGGGCAGGGGGGGCCGUGGUCUCCGGCCUCAUUCACUUCCUCACCACCAGCCGAGUGCGCCGCUCGUUUGACGUUGGUUUCGCUGGCUUCAUGCUCACCACGCUGGGAUCCUGGUGGUACUGCAGGACCGGUCGGGCUCGGCUGCUCGUCCAGCAGAGAGUCCUGCAGGAUGGACUCAAGAACAAGGUGGCCUUCGAAGGAACCAGCAGGGACCCAGGCACCAAGACCCCCAGAGACCCGGGCCAGCUGGGACCCCCAGAGACCAUGAACACCAGAGACCCUCCGAGUCCCUGACCAGCUCCGACCCCCAGAGACCAAUACCCCCCCCCCCCCCAAGACCCCCAGAGACCCGGACCAGCUGGGAUGAAAAGACCCUCACCAGCUGGGACCCAGAGACCCCCCGGACCCUGACCAGCUGGGACCCAGAGACCCCCCGGACCCUGACCAGCUGGGACCCAGAGACCACCGGACCCUGACCAGCUGGGACCCAGAGACCCCCCGGACCCUGACCAGCUGGGACCCAGAGACCACCGGACCCUGACCAGCUGGGACCCAGAGACCCCCCGGACCCUGACCAGCUGGGACCCAGAGACCCCCCGGACCCUGACCAGCUGGGACCCAGAGACAAAGCCCCCUGGGACCUUAUUGACCGAAGGAACAGACCCAGUCCAGAAGGGACAGACAGAGUUGUUGGAGGUUCCCUCCAUGAAUUACAGUAUAUUUAAAUAUUAAAACAUUCAGGAUGUAUGGAAAAUGA